AUGCUCUUUUACCACGCGUCCAACCGCAUCCUACCCUCGGCAGCAAUGCUACCGCCCGACGCCAGUGUGCGGCGUCGGCGGCGGCAGCUGCUCGCGCUUGGCUACUGCCUCAGCUGUCUCUGGAACCUCGCGUCGCCCUUCAAAUCCUGGUACCUCGCACGCUACGGCUUUGUUGCGACCAACGACAUUCUCACGCUGACGCUGCAGUGGAACACCGUGCUCAACAGCCGCCUCUUGACGCAGCUGUACGCGGCGGCGGGAAUUCCGCUCUCGGCGCCACUCCCGCCGACGCGGUACAUCAACGUGUUUCUGGAUUUCGUCGUCGUGCCGCGCUCGCAGCUGCUCUGGGCCGCUUCGUUUGAUGCGACGAACGGCUCGGCGCAGCUCGACGUGGAGGGCCAGAGCUACCGCAGUGGUCUCGACGGGUAUGCCGAGCGAGCGCGCUUCGACACCGACAUUUCAGCGUUUGCAUCCUCGGGGUUCCCGCUCUGGGGCAGCGAAGUCAUUACGAAGUUCAUUCCGCCGCAGAACGCUCCGACCAACCUCCAAGAGAUCACCGAGGGGGUUCUGUGUCUCCGCGGUAUCAACCUCGAAGACUACGUCUACCUCGUGUUCCAGUCCCUCCUCCAACCGUACCAUCGCGCGUCGGACCACGCCGCGGUGCAAGCGUGGCGUCGCGCAAUGUUUCCACACCUCAAUGCGUGCUUGGCGCGGCGGCGUGUCCUCGUUGCAUCCGCCACGUCGACCGCGGCCGCGCUCACGCAGUUGGCCGCCGAGCUGGCCACGAACUUCAGUGUCGGGCUCCUCAACGUCGCGGGCAGCGCCCAGCUGUACCGCCCCAUGACGUUCAAAGACGGCUACAUCGACUUGUCCGGCACGCGCUCUGGCACUGUGACGUACCAGAUCAGCGGCCCAAACCCGAUGCACGCACUCUCGGCGAGCUCGGGCUUUCUCAACGCGAUGCUCGUCGCGCGCGAGACGGCGUGGUGGUGCUCGAUCCAGUACGUCGAUCCCGUCACCAACCACUCGGACCCGCGCCAGUGCUUUGAACGCUUCAGCAGCACGUUGCCCAGCUUCUUCCUUGGCAAGUACCUCGAUCGCAAUUCGGGCACGCGGUACCUCGACUCUGACGCCUUUACCGAAACGUCGACGCUCGGGCAGCUCACGAGUUACGACUAUCGUCGCAUGACCGUGGUGCCACUCGAUGCGAUCCGCAUGGCGACCCCGGGCAACCUCACGGGCUGGAACUUGCUCUGGAAAGAGCUCUUGCGCGCGGUGGGCGAAGACGUCUUGGCGUCGGAUGCCCUCGAAGAGCUGUGCCUCGUCGGCGACGGCUGCUUUUCUGCCUGCGCCAACGCAAGCGCCAGCGGUGGCACAACGCUCACGUACAGGCGGGGCAACACCUGCGUCGCGACGGCCGACUCUAUCGCGCACGGACUCUCGGAUGUGUUUGCUGACAUGGCCUGCUUUGGGCUCGGGCACGGCCAGGACGCGGUCCUUAUCACGUCGAUCGCGGUCGACGGCACGCGCAAGCAAGCGACUGUCGCCAAGACGGCCGGCCCCACGGCGAUCUGGGCCUGUCUCAUUGGCGGGCGCACGCCGCAGACCUCGUACCCGUCGCUGGUCGUCGAUCUUUUGACGCAAGGCACGCAAGCGACGCUUGUCGUUGUCAAGUCGAACGGGAGCGAAGCCAUUGUGCUCAACUUUCUAUCGCUCCUCGCGCUCGGUGGCGAUGCGUAUUUCAGCCUCGAAACCGGCCUCUACCUCCGCAAGCUCUAUCUGUGGUAUCACGCACACCGGCAGCUGGACAUGCACGCGGCCCAGCGCAUCUUUAGCGUCGUCAACUCGAGCGUUAGCGGUGCCAUCUGGGCGCGCCACCGCCUCUUCAUGCGAACGGCCGCGUUUCUUGGCCUCUGCGCGUGGCACCUCGGCGCGAUGCAGUCCGGGUGUGCGUGGGCCGACACGAUCGACGAUGUGAGCGUCGACGCGCUGUAUGCGUGCCACGUGGACGUCUGGGGCCAUCUCGCGUCCAUCGCCGACGUCCUCCGGCUCGUGUCGUACUCAUGGAAUCUCUUUGCGAUGGCGUUUCUAGAUACGAUGCCUGGUAUCGCCGUCAACGUUGCAGGGUACGCUCUUGCGUGGCUCGUGCUGGGGCUGCUGCCGCUGACGCUCCUCGCCGCAUGCGUCGCUCAAAUGUGCGCGUGGCGACUUGUGCUGCCAGGCCUCGCGUGGGUCCACAACCAGCUCUUCCUCGUUCUUUUGUGGGCGUUUGUACUCGGCUGCUUGCGUCGUCCCAUCGUGCAGCGCCACGUUGUGCAGUGCAUCACGCCGCUGCUCCGGGUCGUGCGCGUGCGGCCGCAAAAGCUCGAAAAGUCGAGUCCGUACUUUAGUCUCAUUGGGCCGUGCAUUUGGAUUGAUACCGCCGAGUGGCGACCCGAACCGACCAAGUAUGUCCCCUUGAGUGUUCUCCUUGAGUGCUCGAAUGUCCGCAUUACCAAUGUCAUCGCGCACGAGUACUUUGCGUGCGGCCUCGACGACGACGCGCGAAGCGCGGGCUCCCACGCCCACGGACACCCGACGUGGCUACAUGAGCUGGACGAAUACUACGUCUGCGUCCACGCGUGCGAACAAGCGUGCUACGUGCGGUCGUGUGGCACCCCGGCCUUUUCCGUGACCAAGACAUGAGCUUAAAUGAUGGUUUGGGUAGAGAAAUGUCACUGCCGUCUCCCCG